UUAAAGAGUUGCACAUCUCUGAAUGAAUGCUCCGUUGAUUUUUUUUUCUUUUUUUUUUUUUUGAUACCUCAAAAAAAAACUUUUAUUCAUUUUCGGGAUGUAUGUUCAAUGACACUUCGGUUCUCUCGGUGACUGCUCUCUGGAAUAUUUAACUUGAAGCAUUUUCUUUCGCUCUGUUUUGGAUAUAUCUUAUUAUUUAACCAUAUUUAUAGCUGAACUGGUCGCUACUUGGCAGCUGAAACAUGGCACUUUAUGUAGAAAGUCUGAGUAAAGGAGUGGCCAACGGAGGGAUGGCUCAGUUCCAGGAAAUGAUGCGGCAGCAGCUGGAGAGCUCCAUGCACACCGAGCUGGAGAAACUGCUGGACACCACCACAGGCACCGAGAGAGAGGUGUCCAAGAAAGACUUUGAGGGAUUCAAGAAUCUUUUCCACAGAUUUCUGCAGGUAAAGGGGCCAUCGGUAGAGUGGAUCAAGAUACAGAGGCCUCCAGAGGACUCAAUCCAGCCCUAUGAUAAAAUUGCAGCUCGAGGCCUGCCAGACAGCGUGGCUGACAGCCUGAACAAACUGGUGGUGGUGAAGCUGAAUGGAGGCCUGGGCACCAGCAUGGGAUGUAAGGGCCCCAAGAGCCUGAUCAGCGUCCGCAACGAGAACACCUUCCUGGACCUCACUGUGCAGCAGAUUGAGCACCUGAACAAGACUUACAACACGGAUGUGCCCCUGGUCCUCAUGAACUCCUUCAACACAGAUGAAGACACAAAGAAGAUCCUGCAGAAGUACACACACCACCGCGUCAAGAUACACACCUUUAACCAGAGCAGGUACCCUCGCAUCAACAAAGAGUCCCUCCUUCCUGUGGCCACAAGUUUGAGCAGGACCGGGCAAAACGCAGAGGGCUGGUAUCCUCCGGGCCACGGCGACAUCUACGCCAGCUUCUACAACUCGGGCCUGUUGGACCAGCUGAUCACGCAGGGUAAGGAGUACAUCUUCGUGUCCAACAUCGACAACCUGGGGGCCACCGUGGACCUCCACAUCCUGCACCACCUGGUCAGCCAGCCCAACGGCAAGCGCUGCGAGUUCGUCAUGGAGGUGACAGACAAGACGCGUGCUGACGUCAAGGGUGGCACGCUGAUCCAGUACGAAGGAAAACUGCGUCUGCUGGAGAUCGCCCAGGUGCCCAAGGCCCAUGUGGACGAAUUCAAAUCGGUUUCGAAGUUCAAGAUCUUCAACACCAACAACCUGUGGAUCUCUCUGGCUGCUAUCAAGAGGCUGCAGGAACAGAAGGCAAUGGACAUGGAGAUCAUAGUCAACCCCAAGACACUUGAUGGUGGACAGAACGUCAUCCAGCUGGAGACGGCGGUCGGCGCGGCUAUCAAGUGCUUCGACAAUGCCCUGGGAAUAAACGUACCUCGCAGCCGCUUCCUGCCCGUCAAGACCACGUCGGACCUGCUGCUGGUCAUGUCCAACCUGUACAGCCUGGACGCCGGCUCUCUCACCAUGAGCCCCAAGAGGGAGUUCCCAACGACGCCGCACGUCAAGCUGGGCAGCUCCUUCACCAAGGUUCAGGAGUACCUGACCCGCUUCGAGAGCAUCCCCGACAUGCUGGAGCUCGACCACCUGACAGUGUCUGGAGACGUCACCUUCGGGAAGAACGUUUCGCUCAAGGGCACCGUCAUCAUCAUCGCCAACCACGGGGAUCGGAUCGAUAUUCCAGCGGGCUCCAUGCUGGAGAACAAAAUCGUGUCCGGCAACCUCCGCAUCCUGGACCACUGAGGCCCCCCCCCGCCGCCGCCGCCCACGCCCCACCGUGUGACCAAGUUGGCUUUAUCCCAGUCAUGUGACCCGUUUGUCAUGUUUACCCGACAUCAAAUGAUUGUGAGCUGUGUGUGAUUGCAUGUGCAGUGCUACUCUGCAGUCAUUAGAAAGUAGUUAAUAUGGUUGGUUGUUGGAGUGCUUGUUGCUUGCGUAUACUGCCCUCUACAGGCUGUUUAUUAUAUAAUAUAAACCUUUAAUAGUAUUAAUAGUGAGCUAGUCAUAGCUCUCACUCUAUAUAAUGACUUAUAUAAAUGAUAGAGAGAAAAGCAACACUUCAGAUUUUAUUUUUUGUUCCUUUAACUCGUGAUUUUGAGUGUUGCCUGAGCAGAAAAUACACUAGAAACCUGCCUAAAUAGAUUUGAAAUAGAUAUUAAUAAGGAUACCAACAGGACUGCAAAUCAAAGAACAGACCUGGUGAUUUUUAAUCAUCUUCAUCCUCAGUGUGCACAUACAGCACUGCCAAUGCAAUCACGUAGUGUUUGAGUAAAGUCAUGGUUUCUGAAAUCAUGGAGAAGUUUUGACCGUUUUUUUUAAUUUAUUUUUUUCAAGCACAAAGACCUCACUAUGGGCCUCAACAUGGUUCUACAAUUCAGCUGAACCCAUAAGAUGUGUUCUGAUGUCACCAGUCUAACACGUACAGCCGCUCACACUUAUAGACAGUGCAGUUUCCAGUUCACCUAAACUGAACCAUGGGAGAAAACACACACCCACACACACCCACACACACACACACACACACACACACACACACAACAUCCACACGAGAAGAUUCAAUCCCUUCACUGAGUCACAACAUCACCCUGUGAUAAGUCAAAUAAAAAAAGUGGUACAGUUACUCUGAAAUUCAGACAUAUUAUGCAUUCCAGAAAAAUUGGUGGAUGAUAUAAAAAAUAAAUUUAAAAAAAUGUUAUAACAAUGUUCCUGGCUACUGCAAAGUUAUGAAUGGAGCCAGUCAUAAGGAAUCCUCCAUUUAAAGCCUGC